UAGAUGAUAGAGUAGAACUUACUUUUUCUUGCAAUUAUAGAUUGGGUCUUUGAUAUAAUAGAAUUUAAUUAGAAGUUUUAUGAACAAUUUUAAUGUAAAAUUAUUAAAGUAACGUAGAGAUAGAAGUUGAUUAAUUUAGGGGGACAGAUCAAAAUGAUAAAAGUAGAUUAUUUUUUGAGGAAGGAUGGAGUAUACUGUUUCAGGUGGUAUCCAUAAUAUCGUCGAAAUCGAAGCCCAUGAUAAAAAAAAUUGAUGGACACCUUAUUACUAGAUUCCCAAUCCAUUCACAACUCUUCUAUGAAAUCGCUAUACAUAAUCUAGUUAUCAGUGCACUCCACCUGUUCGGUAAAAGCCCCAAGAGAACCCCUCAAUUAUAGCAGCGAUGAGGCGAUUGUUGUUGAACUCUGUUUCUUCUCUGAAGCAUUACUCUUCAUCUGCAUCAGCAUCAGCAUCAAACGUGCUUAAACCCGGUGACAUUUUGAAGCAAUCCAGAAUAUUUUCCAUAGCCGAAGUCGAGGAUUACUCGAAGCUAACACACGAUUAUAAUCCACUCCACUUUGAUUUGGAAUGCGCCACGAAAGCCGGAUACAAAGACACUCCUAUCCCGGGAUUGCUCGUUGCUUCCCUGUUUCCGAGGAUCAUUGCUUCCCAUUUCCCGGGGGCGAUUUACGUGAAGCAAACGCUGGAGUUUAGGGCGCCGGUCUUCGUUGGAGAUGAUGUUGUUGGUGAAGUGCAGGCAAAUAGCAUUAGACAGAUCAAAGAUAAGUUCAUGGUGAAAUUUGCGACUACUUGCCGGAAAGAUGGUGGCGAGGUCGUGAUUGGUGGUGAGGCUACGGCGAUUCUACCCGCGCUGGCUGUGAAUAGAGACGGCCGGUGUUGAUCGAAGACUGCAAUUUCUACCUGCCUUUUUCUUGAAUGCUAUGAGUUUGCCUUUUUAUCUUUCUUUGUUGCUUAAAUUCUAUUUUCAAUCCAUUGAUUUUGAAGGGAUCUUUUGAUUCUUGAUUCUAAGAUGUUAGUACAUUUGAAGAGACUAUUAAAUUCCAUCAUUUUUAGCUAGUCCAA